CACUUAUCAACUAUCAAGUAUUAUAAUAAGCAGUAACCCAGAAAACAAUCACCAUGUUCACUCCUCAAUUGACUUACAACAGUGACACCAUUUCCAAACGUCAAUUGUUUAUUGGAGGUAUAACAACCUAUGUGUAUAAUGACUCUGUAUUGGAAGAAUAUGUUAAGUCAUUCAAUACUCAACAUCAUCAAGAAAUUCCAAUUAAUGUAUUAUAUUUAGUACAUCAAAGAGAAGGUUCAUAUUUGACAACACAAUCUUUUGCAUACUACAUUCUUGAACAAUUCUAUCAAAAGCAUGGUGGUAAACCUAAGAUUCCAUUAAUUUGUGUUACAUUUGACAAUAGAAAUCAUGGUGAGAAAUUAAUUGAUAAACUUAAAAAUUCAGAUUGGAAAAGAGGUAAUUCAACCCAUGCAAUUGAUAUGGUCUCAUGUAUCGAAGGUAAUGUUGCAGAUUUGAAAUUAAUUAUUGAUCAUUUACAAGGUUAUUUGAAUUUAGAAUAUCAUUUGACUGAAAGUUUUAAGGAAAAGGUUCAACCUUACUUUACUUUUAAAAAUUUUAUUAGUGGAUAUUCCUUAGGGGCUCAUACAGUAAUUAGAUUUGCUAAUAAAUAUCCCGAAUUAGUUGAAAUUCUUAAUCCAAUAGUUGGAUGUUCUGAUUUAAGUUCACUUUUAAUUAAUAGAUUAAAGAGAACUCCUCUUGAAUCUGAAGACUAUGAUAAGAAAUAUUUUUACUUCAAGUAUGGAGAAUUACAAUUGACUGAAGAACAAAAAAGAGAUCAAUAUCCUGAAUAUUUCCAUAAUUAUUUAAGUAAACAAGAUCAAUCAAUCUUUGAAAACUUUGCUAUGCAUAAAAUUAAAUUAUUUGCUUCUUUUGGAGCAAAGGAUACUUUAGUUCCACCUAAAUUAUCUCAAGUUUGGACAGAACUUUAUCAAAAUACAAAUGAUGAUUCAGAAGUAUUUAUUCAAGAAGAUGCAGGACAUCAAGUAACUCAAGAAAUGCUUGACAGAUUUAUAACUUGGUUAGCAAAGUUAAUUUAAAAAAAUUAAAUAUUAAAUUAAAUUAAAUUAAAUUAAAUGUGGAGUAACCAAGUGGGCUCUAAUGUAUUGCGGUACUGGUGCUCUACUUUAA